AUGUCAACACCGGGGUUAACGGCUGGACAGUUCUCAGGGUUAAGAGGACAGUUUCUUCCAGACUACGCCGAGCGGUUCGGUACUGUAGGAUACACAGUCCUUAUUUACGAUAACCGGACCUGGGGAGACAGUGAAGGUAAACCACGAAAUGAGGUUGAUCCUGUUCUUCAAACGCGGGAUUACUACGACGCUUUUAACUACGCCAUCACUCUCCCUUCCGUGGAUCCCAGGAAAGUUGUCUACUGGGGCUGCAGCAUGUCUGGCGGGAAUGCUAUCGUCGCUACCGCUGUCAACAAAUGCGUCAAGGGGGUGAUCUGCCAAGCGCCGUUUGUUUCUGCCGAUCCAAUGGUUCCAGUAUCUGCUGCGCUGUGCGAGACAUUAUUACAAGACCGCGCCAACAUCAUUCAAGGGAAAAGCCCAUUGAUGGGACCCGUCAUACCUGACUCUCGAGGGGAGGUUCUCUCCGGUACCUCCAAAGCCGUCCUAAAGGACGCCAACGCUGUCACGUUCGCGGAGGAGAUGGAUAUGAGACACCUGCCAUGGGAGAAAAUGGUUACCCUUCAAAGUCUCCUGCACGGAGUGACCCAGGAGCCGAGCGCCUUGAUAAAGCGGGUUGCUCCAAGGCCGUUGCUGAUGGUGGUGCCUGAUCAGGAUAUCACUUGUCCGGUGGAAGGACAACUGUCAGUCUUCAACGCAGCUCUUCCACCUAAGAACUUGCAUAUUCUCCGGGGUGCUUCCCAUUUCGACCCUUACUAUGGUCCGACAUUUGAAGAGAAUAUUAAGGCGCAGUUGAAAUUCUUGAAGGGUGUUUUUGAAUAA